AUGAGGUUCCACUUUGAAGACGGCCAUCUAGGGACUUUCAAUCUGGGAGUCAUUUCAUCCAGUGAACAACUUCUUGUGCCAAACCUGAGGUACUUCCAGAACUUACAGUAUCUUAGUUUGGCUUAUUGCAGAAAGUUCACAGACAAAGGUUUACGGUACCUGAAUUUAGGGAAUGGAUGCCACAAGCUCAUCUAUUUGGACCUUUCCGGCUGCACCCAGAUUUCAGUCCAAGGCUUCAGGAACAUUGCAAACAGCUGCACUGGAAUUAUGCAUCUGACCAUCAACGACAUGCCAACUCUAACGGACAACUGUAUAAAAGCUUUAGUUGAGAAGUGUUCUCGUAUAACAUCAAUAGUUUUCACUGGUGCGCCUCAUAUCUCUGACUGUGCUUUUAAAGCUCUUUCUACUUGUAACCUCAGAAAGAUCCGAUUUGAAGGAAAUAAAAGGAUUACUGAUGCGUGCUUCAAGUUUAUAGACAAGAAUUAUCCAAAUAUCAAUCACAUUUACAUGGCAGGCUGCGAGAGAAUAACAGAUGGUUGCCUUAAGUCACUUUCACCUUUGAAGCAACUGACUGUGUUGAAUUUGGCAAAUUGUAUAAGAAUUGGUGAUGUGGGACUAAGACAACUUCUUGAUGGUCCUGUGAGCACCAGGAUAAGAGAGCUAAAUUUAAGUAACUGUAUCCACCUGAGCGAUAUCUCUAUUGUGAAACUAUCAGAGCGCUGCCCUAAUUUAAACUACUUGAGUUUACGAAAUUGUGAAUAUUUGACUGACCUAGGAAUUGAAUAUAUCGUGAACAUCUUUUCCUUGCUGUCAGUAGAUCUCUCUGGAACACAUAUCUCUAAUGAGGGUUUGAUGAUACUUUCCAGACAUAAAAAAUUAAAGGAACUUUCUCUAUCUGAGUGUUAUAAAAUCACCGAUGUCGGAAUUCAGGCAUUCUGCAAAGGCUCACUAAUCUUAGAACACUUGGAUGUCUCUUAUUGCCCCCAGCUGACAGAUGAGAUUAUUAAAGCACUGGCCAUUUAUUGCAUUCACCUCACAUCUCUCAGCAUUGCUGGCUGUCCAAAGAUUACAGACUCGGCAAUGGAGAUGUUAUCGGCAAAAUGCCAUUACUUGCACAUUUUGGAUAUUUCUGGUUGUAUCCUGCUUACUGACCAAAUGCUUGAGGACCUUCAGAGAGGCUGCAGACAACUUCGAAUCCUUAAGAUGCAAUACUGCAGACGUAUUUCCAAGGAAGCAGCGAAGAGAAUGUCAUCUGUCGUUCAGCAGCAGGAAUAUAACCCUAAUGACCCUCCACUUUGGUUUGGCUAUGAUUAUGAAGGCAAGCCCCUUAAAAGACAACAUGAGAUAACACCACUUAAAGGAGACGAAGAAGUCAUAGUGACAGAGUCAACACACAGUAGUGAAGAAGUAGUAUGACCUUCAGCCUCAACAGGAAGAACAAAAAAUCUAGAACUUGGUAACUUCAUCUGAUGUAAGUAUUUUUACCAGCUGGAUCUCAACAGUGUAAACAAGCA